CUAUUCAAAUUACCACUCCUCCUUCUUCACCAUACGCAACUCCCAUUGAUUAUGUCCCCUCCAAAGUUAUAUGGUUUGGUUCCACCCAAAACACAACAUUCUGCCACAUCUCUGUCUGAUUGAUUAGUGCAUUUGAUUUGGUCAUGGGCUGCCUCUUCAACUUGUGAUAAAAAAAAAGGAUAAAGUUAAGAUCUUUUUAGUUCCUUUCCUCUACCAAGUGCCUAGUGGCAUUGUUUGAGAAAGGUUAAAAGAAAAAAGGGUUGAAUGGGGAAGUCUCCUGAUUGGUUGUAUACAGAUAAUGCAACGUGUGGCUCCCCUGCAUGGAUUGGUAAAGGACUCACUUGUGUUUGCUUCAAGCGAAAGGGAAACUGUCAACGAAUCUGCAUCAGUUUGACUCCCUUACAGGAGGAAAGGCUAAGAAGACUACAGCGCAGAAUGAAAGUUUACUUUGAUGGUUCCAAGCCUGAUCACCAGGAAGCGUUGAGAGCUCUGUGGUCUGCUUCAUUCCCUGGACAGGAUCUUCAAAGCUUGAUUUCUGAUCAAUGGAAAGAAAUGGGAUGGCAGGGUAGAGAUCCGUCUACUGAUUUCAGAGGAGCUGGUUUCAUUUCAUUGGAGAACCUACUUUUCUUUGCAAAGACAUUCUCAACUUCUUUUCAGCGCCUAUUGAAGAGGCAAGGAGGAAAAGAAGCUGUUUGGGAGUAUCCAUUUGCUGUUGCUGGCGUUAACAUCACAUUUAUGAUUAUGCAAAUGCUGGAUCUUGAUGCCACCAAGCCAAGGACUUUUGUAAGAGCAGUUUUUCUACAAAUGCUUUCAGAGAAUGAAUGGGCAUUUGACCUGCUUUAUUGCGUGGCAUUCGUUGUUAUGGACAAACAAUGGCAGGAGAAAAAUGCUACAUACAUGGAAUUUAACGAUGUACUGAAAUCCACGCGAGUUCAGCUAGAGAGAGAGUUGCUGAUGGAUGAUGUUCUACGGAUUGAAGACAUGCCUUCUUACAGUCUUCUUUGUUGAGAAGUGAUUCAAUUGGUUAUGGUGAGAUACGUGACCAAGAUAUUCUCUUUCACCGAAGCAUAGUUUGUGUACAUCCAUCCCUGUUCACCUGCUUAAUGAAUCCCUUUACUUUUAAUCUGUGACCAUUAACUAGUAAUUUAUUCUCAUCAUUCCUCACAUGAUAGCUCUAAAUCAAGAUGAACACUACUUCUUGACUAAUGAGUAAUGAGAAGUGCUAAAGAAUUUUGCACAUUUCGGGAAAUAUUUGUAUCUUUACAUU